AUGGAGUAUGGUAGCAGCGGUGAUAUGUGGUGUUUUCCUAUACUAAAGGAUGCCGAGAUUGAGGAAUUUUUUAAAGAACUUUCGGUAGAUUUUACCGCUCAAGAUAUGAAAAAACCUACUACAGCUCGCAUAUUCAUUGCUUUCGGUUUCAUAGUAGAGUAUACAACGGGAGCAACAGCGGAAGAAUGGGGUGACACCGAUUGGUCUAGUAAUCUAGAAAUGCGAUUGCGUAAAAGAAUUCCGGUUAUGGUAGCCAUAGGAAUGGAAGAAUUUUCAUUUAAUGAUGUUCUUAGGCCAGAAGUAUCUCGACUUCGCGUAUUUCUUAGUGCUGCUAUUAAUUUUAUAAGAUUUCGUGAAGAUCAAUUGCACAUUUUCAAUGAAUAUGAAAAACAUUCUGAGGAGCUUAUGAAGCACAAUGAAGAGUUAUCUGAACGAUAUAAAAUGCUUUUUGAACAAGUUGAAAGAUCAAAGAAAAAACGUAUCGAAGAUGAGAGUGAGGUUAAAGAAUAUUUACAAGAAAAUGCUAGCCUUAUGAGCAGCAUGCGUGAGUUGAAAAAGAAACAGACGGGUCUAUUAAAUGAGAUAGCUACUUUAAAAAGCGCAAAGGCUGAAUCAGAAGAAAAGAUCGAAAUAACGGCAUGCAAUAAAAUAUUGGAUGAAGUCAUCAACCAGAGGAAUAAAUGUGAAAAGGCGAAUAAAGACUUACGAGAUCUUCAGGAAGAAAUUGAGAAUAAGCGUCAGCAUUCACGUGAGUUGCAAAAGAAGGAACAACGUCAAAGAGAAAAGCAUAAACAGAGAGUUAUAGAAACUGAAAAGAAAAUCGAGGCAUUACAGGCAGAGUACGACCAAAUUCUAGAGGAACGCAAAGAUUUUGAAUUGAAGGCAGCCCAACAAAAGAAAAUUUAUGACGAGACGUCAGCAAAAAAAAUGAGAUUAAGAAUUCGAAGUCAAGAUAAAGUUCACAUUAUUAAUGAUUUAACCUCCACGUCAACUGUGUUUGAACUAAAAAGCGCAAUUCAUGCAUUAAGUGGAAUUAGCCCUCAUCGACAAGAGCGAUAUCCACCUCGAGUCUGUGGUGCGAAAGACGAUGAAACCCUAUCCUCCGCAGGUAUUCAAAAUGGUGACCAAAUUAUUCUUAGUGAGAAUGCCCUACCGGAAACAACCAGUAGACCUGUUGAUGAGAUUGUUAGUUCUUCAGAAGCGGAAAUUGUAUCAGUUCCUGUAGAAAGUGGAUCAGUUAUCUUAAGAGAGGAUCCAGAGACUUACUCUGAUGUGAUUCUUGGCAAAUCGCGAGAUGACUAUUGUUCAUGGAUUGCGCAGAAGAAUAGUUGGGGAGGAGCUAUCGAACUUUCAAUUUUUGCAUCUCAUUACAAAGUUGGUAAAGAUUCUAAUAAUAAACAAAUCAAAACGUAUAUUAUCCAUCAAGAAACUGACAAAGAAUACGAACAAACAGUCUUUAACACAUCAGACGAAUCCAUUCUAAAUGCGGUAAUCAAGAUUGCCGAUAAAAUGAAACAGUUGCGUAAAUACACGUACACUUCUGAUUUCACUAUACGUUGCGGACAAUGCCAGAAAGGCUUGAAAGGUGAACAAGAAGCUAUACAACAUGCUCGAGAAACAG